GCUUGCGAGAUUGGACAAAUGUUCAGGCGGGACUUUCGUAGUUCGCGUUACGUUCUAUUGUCCGUGAUAGUUAAUCUCGCCUAAACUUCAAGAUGUCAGAACCCCUACCUGGUGUUGAAGAUUUGACCAAGUUAAAGUUAAGUGAUCUAAAGAAAAUAUGUAAAGAAAAUAAACUACCAUCUACUGGUACAAAAACUGAACUGAUUUCUCGCCUUACUGAGGUGCAAGGCAAUAAAUUUGUUAUUUUACAGCCUGGUGAUGAAGCUGAACUCCUCGGCGAUUCUAAUGAUGGUGAUUCUACUGACGUGAGUAGUAUAACUCAGACAACAACAGACUUAACAUCGAAUAAAUCACCUACAGAUGAUCUUGACUUCCCAAUGACAUCACCAACACCACCAAUAACAGCAGCAACUAAUAAAAUCUCUUCAAAGAAACGUCGUGCUAGUGAGGAUCUUAACCCGGAAGAUAUUCUCUCUGUGGAAAAGAAAGUCGCCAUAGAACCUGUAUCUUCUGCUACUGCAACUGUUGCUUCUAUUGGUGUAGAUCAUCCUACUGUUGAGGGUAAAGAUGCUACAACAGCAGGUUUAUCAGAUGCAGAGCGUCUCGCUCUUCGUGCUAAACGCUUUGGUGGCAGUACUUCUUCAAAUGGGACAAGUAUUCUAAGUGAUAGCAAGUUGAUUGCUCGUGCUAAAAGAUUUGGUCUACCGAUUAACACCAGUUCCAUUGGUGGUGGUGGUGACUCCUUAGAAGUUGAUGAAUUAGGCAAAUUAAAACAACGUGCUGAACGAUUUGGUCAAACUACAAAUAAAACAUUAGAAAAGCAGGUUUCACAUUCUGACCACUUUAUGCUAUAGCAUAAUUGUGCUGAAUAAGCUGUAGCUUACACAACGAAACGUUCAGAAGAGUUUCGUUUUGGUUUUUUUCAAAAAACACUGGGAUUAUUUGAAUGACGUUAUACACAAUUGACAAGAUUGAGUAGAAUUCACCGGAAAUUGAACGCGAGUCACGUUUUUACAAAAGUGGUAGACAUAUAAUAGAGCGCUGAUAGAAGAAAAUAAUGCAAUUAUAAAUUACAACGAACUACAUGUCUGAUGCUAACACGACAGAUCAUAUCCAUUGUAGAUUGAAUGACUAUGUAUUGUUAUCUCAAGUCUGUGUGGAGAUCAAUGUAGCACACUCAGCAUGAAAAAUAAGAUCAGGAUUUUCAAUUCCGAUGUGAAGUCAGUGCUACUAUAUGGAUGGAUCAGAGAAUUGGCGCCGCGGUGUGUCACGAAAAGCACUUCAAACAAACUACAGACCUUCAUCAACAGCUGUCUCCACUCAACACUGCUCAAGAUCAGAUGAGUGGCCAGAAAAGAUCAGCAACAGGGAGGAAUCUCUGGCAAUGAACGAGCCAACCGAGCAGGAACCCAUUGUGCAACAAAUAUGCAGGAAGACAUAGAGGUGGAUUGGUGGCCAUACUCUGAGAAAACAAACCAUCAAGUGAGUGACAUCACACGCCAGGCCAUCGCUCGGGUGGACUUCAAAUGGGAAGCGGCGAUUUGGUUGUCAGUGCGAAGGUGACAUGCAGGAGGUCAUGUGGAAAGGAGAUGAAAGCAGUGGGCAGACGUGGAGCCUAGUGAAAACGUUGGUGGAGAACUGAGUGCAAUGGCGAUGUACUGCAGAAGCCCUAUUUUCCUCUAGGAACUAAAGGCCACGAUAAUAAUAGUUACUUAACAGAAUUAGAGCGGAAAGCCAAACGUUUGGAGAAGUUUGGUGGUGUUACCACGGUGUCUAAAAAAACUCCUAUAGAUGAUGAAUUGGCUAAAACUAUUCGUGCACAGAAAUUUGGUCUUGCGCCAUCAUCAGCAUCAGCGUCUACGGGAAGCAGUUUAUCUGAAGCUGAAAGACUAGCGAAACGUCAAAUGAGAUUUGGUUUAGUUGACAGUAAAACAUGACAGUUGAAUAAAUAAAUUUACAUAUACAUAUAAUUGUGAUUGUAUUAUUUUUUUCCAAUUUUUAUGUUUAUAAAAAUGUAGUUCUUCUCUGUUUAUCUCUUGUAUUCUUCUUUGUGUGUGUGUGUGUGUGUGUGUGUGUAACUCUCCCUCACACACACACACACGCUUCGUUGCCUGUAAGAUAAACUCUCAUUGUGCAAAGUUUGAUAACUACACACAAUGAGCGCAUUCUAAUAAUCUUGACCGGACGUUAUAUGUUCAGCAGUUAUUAUUUUUAUUAUUGUCAAUUACGUUAUUCUUUUGCGUUCCGAAUGAUGCAUAUGGCUUUAUGCUUGAGAAUUGCCAGUAGCAGUGGUGUUUAUUUCUGAUGGAGUGCGGGUUACUGGCCUCACCUACCCUACCUACCUACCACCUGUCGUCUUUAUUGAGUUGAAAAACAGCUAGGUGAGGUUUAGUAGUGCGUCAACCGAGGGGGCGGUAGGGGAUCAAACUCCGGACCAUGUGUGAUUCCAUUAUGGUUAUGUUUACUGAUGACCACGUUUCGAGCACAAUUUAUUGCUCAUAAUCAUCAUAUCAAGGUAAUCACACGACUUCCUAAAUUCAUUUAUAUAGUUCCAUUGUUUUCCGCUUUAUUUGAUUGGUAGUGUGGUGAGAGCAGGCUGCUA